AUGGCCCGCAUCGCGCAAUCUCAGCUGGACGAAGCAACUGCCUACGGCUCCAGCCCUCCUUCAUCACCAGAUUCCUCCUCUGAUAAAGAAAACCGUCGACGAGGUGUCAACAAGCGAUCGACUGUCCAAAUGCCUUCCAGAAACGAACCGUCUAAGCGUCGCCGCUUGACUGAACGCACCUCAAAUAUCCAGUCGCAAGGAUUGUCGCAACGAAAGGACAGGCGUUUCUACGAUCCUGAUCAGCCUGAAGAGGAGCGAAGACGUGUUCGAAAGACCUAUAGAGAUCUUACUACUGAUUUCAAUGACUGCCGUGCCGAGUAUAUGCAGCCUGGGAAUGAUGGCAUUUUGAAAACCCUCGAAACGGCGAACGGACUCUUCGCAAAAGUCAAGCAGACCUCGGAUGCCACUAUCGACUCACGCCUCCUCGUUAAUGCAGCCGAUCUUACCCAUAAGAAAACUGCGCAGCUCGCGCUCGGAGAUUCCUCGGCGGGUAUUGAUGUGGAUGAAUUUGUUUCCAAAUGUAUCUCAUAUAUGCGCCGUGGACCUGAUUUGAGCGAUGGGAGCACCCAGAGGCGACAACGCCCUCGGCAAACCCAAAGGGACCCGAAUGACAGCGAUGAGGGGGAUUCCGGUGAUGCAAUGAAUUGGGAUUGGCUUGGUCGCACGGCUUGUCUUCGUCACAACUCUCGACCCGCCGUGUCGGGGUUCUUGCUUGGUCCACUCUCGAUUCAAAAACGCUCCCGUCAAUACACCCAGCGGGCACGGGAGAAGUUCGAUGCGACACAAGCCAUUCAGCCUCAGGAGCUCCAACAGGAGGAUCUCGGGCAGCAAGAGAACUUAAACUUGACCUCCAUGUGUUCCAAUAUCAACGAGUUGCUCAGCAGGACCAUUCAGCAGACUGAAAACACCGUCAACAGAAUACUGAGCGAGGAGAAGGAGGAUCCUACGGAAGAAAGGGUGUUGGCAGUGAUGAAUGAGCACCAUACUUCCCCCACUGGAGGCAUUUGCCUUUUCCACUUCUGCAUCAACCCCGAAUCAUUCGGCCAAAGUGUUGAGAACUUAUUCUAUGUUAGCUUCCUGGUCCGCGAUGGCCAUGCUGGCGUUUCCAUGUCUCCUCGCGGAACUCCGACUCUUAACCAUGCAGCGCCGUAUCCGCCACAUGAGGCCCAAGCCAAGCGCAUACAGAAGCACCAGGCCAUCUUCAGCCUGGACUUCGACACCUGGGAGGAAAUUGUUGAGGAGUUCGGCAUCAAAGAAUGCAUUAUCCCCCAUCGCGAGGAGACUCAGGAGAGGACUGGCCAGACUUGGUAUGGCUAG